GAGCAGCUAAUCUUCCGACUUCCUGUUUUAUGCUAGACUGUUGGCCGGUGGGAUGGGAUGAGGUCCUCUGAAAAGAUAAAAACUACCCUGUGAAACUGGAAUAGACAUUCACACAACAUGAGCUGGAUUCCCUUCAAGAUUGGACAACCAAAGAAGCAAAUUGUCUCUAAAACUGUUGAAAGAGACUUUGAGCGAGAAUAUGACAAGCUUCAAAAGUUGGAGGAUCAGACAAAGAAGCUUCAUAAGGACAUGAAGAAAAGCACUGAGGCUGAUAUAGCCAUGUCCAAGGCAGCAGUGAAGAUCUCUGCCGACCUGCUCAGUAACCCGCUGUGUGAGCAGGACCAGGCCUUCUUGGAGUCCAUGACUGCCCUAGACACUGCUAUGAAACGGAUGGACUCCUUCAACCAGGAGAAGGUCAACCAAAUUCAGAAGACCGUUAUUGACCCCCUGAAAAAGUACAGCGGCGUCUUCCCCAGCCUCAACAUGGCAGUGAAGCGUCGGGAGCAGGUGCUGCAGGACUACAAGCGGUUGCAGUCCAAGGUGGAGAAAUAUGAAGAGAAAGAAAAGACAGGACCCAUUAUGGUGAAACUACAUCAGGCCAGAGAGGAGCUCAGACCGGUGAGGGAAGACUUCGAGGCCAAGAACAAGCAGCUGCUGGAUGAGAUGCCCAAGUUCUACCACAGCCGCAUCGACUACUUCCAGCCCAGCUUUGAGGCGCUCAUCCGGGCACAGGUUGUGUACUUCACCGAAAUGUACAAGAUCUUCAGCGAGUUAACUGACCAGAUUGACCAGGCGGGGUUGACGGACGAGCAGAGGGAAAGAGAGAACGAGGCCAAGCUCAGCGAGUUGCGCGCUCUGUCCAUUGUUGCCGACGACUGAGGGAGGAAAACUGAAAAAAGGGAAGGGGCUCUAACAAACUCUUUUCCUCCUUUCACACCUCACUGAACAGAUUGCACUCUUUCAGGCUCCUCUUCUCAAGUUCAAAUGGACAACAAUGGCCUUAACCUGAUUAUCAGUUUGUUUCCUUGUACUCCCGUCACCCUGCCAUCCCUCUCCCACUGUAGUACAGACAUGGAGCACUGCUCCCUUAUGUUUUCAUUCUACCUUAACAAGAGACUCAGCAGCUCAAAGAAUGAAAUGCCACAUUUACUAAGCCAUCAGCCAAGUGCUACAUCAUAAGCCAAUAUGUCUGUUUUUCCCAAUAAAGCAAUGAAACGUUUGUUCUCAGAUCUAAUCAACGUUGUUCCUGGUUUCAGCUUUUGUUUUUGGAGUAGGAAAUGAGGAAGGAUUUUUUUUUUGUCACUUACAUAUGCUAUGUUAACCAGCAAAGCAAUCUGAAACGUUGGAUCAUCAGUGACACAACUUUUGAAAUUGCAAUCACUACUGUGUGUCACAGGCAGAGUGAAUGAUAUGUAUUGUACUGUAAGGGUUAUGGGCAGGAAUGUCAAUAUUUAUUUCUAUAUUAAUGUUAUAUUUGGCCUUUGGGGGUUUUCACUAAGUAGGAUCUGUGCCAUGUUGGAUGAAGGCCUCUGCACUGAAGUGUACAGGAUGAACAUGGUGACACAGUCAGCAUAAUGUCCUGACUGGAUAUCAUGAUAACUCACCUGCGAGAAGUGUGGCAGUGCCUGUGUAGCUGUGCUGAAAGGUGUGCAAAGUAAAGUCUGAGGAGAGAAUCAAGAUGCCGCUGAGGCCGCAGCAAGUCCAAAAUCAAGGCUGUUGCUCCCUCUAGUGGAAAAUACCCAUCACGUCCUCACAGCUGCCUUUUGUUCACACUGCUCGUCCUUUGUUCUAUUGUUUGUUGUUUCAGUUCCUUUAUUAGGAAAGAACCUUUCUACAUCGUUAACACUCAUCAAAAAAUCUUGUCUGCAUACCCUCCAUGCCAUAUCAAAUCAAGCUUGAGAGGCCAGUUUUUGGUUUUCCAUGCUUCGGGACCAAAUCAUACUGUCAUUCCACUCUUUUGUUUCUACCUUGUAUCAGGUAUUGCCGUUUACAGUAUGAUGACCAUGUUAGAUCGUCAGUGAACACGCCGACCGGUCCCACAUAAAGCUCAAUGUUUAUUCUUCACAAAAAUGUUUUGAGGAUUACGAAACGACAGCAAGAAAUGCCCUGUUGACAUGUUUUGCCUGUAUUUGUGUAUUAAAAUGCAUACUGUUUGUUAGUUAAAGCAAAAUAAUUGUAAUUAAUGAAGGUUUUUUUUUUUUUUUCAAGUUAUAGCAGUUGACUUUUAACACUAUCGAGUGACUACUUAUUUAUCAUUAGUGUGUUUUAUUAAGAUUUAAAAAUUUAUUAAUGCCGCAGUUCUGUUCAAUUUGGUAACUUUUUUUCAAGGUCUGCUUUUACAUUAUUUUAUGUGUACAAUCAAUCAUGAAAUAAAUGAUCUGUGAGACUAGCAACGAUUUGAAU